AUGACCCAUAGCCACAGCCAAGCCAACAUCAGGUCCCACAUCCCGCCACUCACUGUACAACUCAGUCCCCCAACCACUGGGACAAAAACUGAGGCGCAGAGAAGCCAGAGAACCAUCCCUCCACCCGCCACUGUACUCUCCAUCGCACCCCUCCACGCUUGCACCGUUCCUGCGGGACCUCAAGCUGCAAAUCCCUCUGGUCACAGCAGGCCCUGGAAAGAGGCCCUUCCCGUGGGGUCAGAGCGCCCCCUGUCCCCUGCCCGGUGGACGCACAGCCGGCCCUCCCUUGCCAAGUCGGUCACCGACCCCGCGCGGAAGCCCGCGGGAGCCCAGGCUGCUCGGGACCCCGCACCUCUGCGCAGUAAAGAAAAGGGGUGCAGAGGGGUGCAGCGGGCGGCGCCUGGGCUCUGGGAGGGUGGAAGCGAUUCGCAGAGCCCCGACAAGCCAGAAGGUCGAGCCCUAGAGCCACGCGUAGGCGCCCGGGGUCCCCACGGCAACGCGCUCGGCUCUGCGGGGAGCAGCCGCGGGAGCUUGCUUUCUACGUUUUCCAGCCCCCUACAAGGAGCAUAUUUCACUGGAAUAAAACAAGGAUCCCGAAAGCACACCGCAUUCCGCGCGCGGCCACCGCCGCCCCCGGACCUCCCGCACCGCCCCGGCUCUGCCGCGCAGGGACCCUGGGAGCGCCGGCGACCCCCGGGCCACCCCGGUCACUCCCCCACCCCCCACCCCGGGCCGGCGCAGUCCCCGGGCCCCCAGCGCUCGCGCGGGGCGCGGAACCCCGAGGUCGGGUCCGGGGAGCAAAACUUUGCAGACAGCGCCCCCUGCCGCCCCGAGAGGCCCCGGGCCCCGAGCCCGCAUGAGGCUCGGGCCAAACCCGGUUUUGCCGAGCGGUGCUGCAUCCUGGGGAUGAGCCCUGUCCUGCGCCCGCAGCUCGAAGCCCCUCCUCCGCGCUAA